AUGGGGAGGAAAUCCGAUAUAAAUUUCAAAACCGUUCAUUAUGAGGAGUAUAGCAAAUCCAAUAUAAAUUUUAAAACCGUUCAUUAUGAGGAGGUGUUCAUCCAAGAGAAGUUCACCCAAGAGAAGUUGCACUGUAUAGGAAUAAAGAAUGUGAAGGGAAAGGGAUUCCCUCUUUUCAUGAUUGAAGGGAAGGGAAUUAAAAAAUACGAAAAGUUGCAAAGCACAUUGAUCCGUUAA